CUUGUCAUUGACAUAAACAAAUAAACACCAAAAGUGCAAGGCAAGGAAGCGUCGGCAUUAGAUUUUAUUUACAAGUGGAAAGUUUGAUAUUAAAUGAAGUUGGAUGACGGAGCGCCGCCCGUCGAAUAGAAUCCAUAAGAAAGACAUUACUCCUGCUGCCAGCAAAAUGUCGGAGAUUGGCUCUCGCCAGAGAGAGAAACGUAAACCCACCAUAUGGACGCGAGAAAAGAUUUAUAAACUAAUUGAACUCUACCGAUCGUCGGAUUGUUUAUGGAAUCAUUAUUCGGAGUUGUACAAGAACAAGGACUGCCGGAAUAGAGCCAUUGAGCACAUAUGCCGAUCCCUGGGAAUAACGAAACUUACUUAUGCCAAAAAAGUGCACAACCUACGGAAUCAGUUCAACUCCGAAUUAAAAAAGUUGGAGCGUCGCUUAGAGGAAUCUGGAUCUGGACCUAGUCAGGAGAAGACAUGUCGUUGGGAACACUUUGAAACUCUAAAGUUUCUACGUACUGUGAUUGAACCCCGGCCUGGUUUCCAAGCUGGCCAAGCACAAUGCAAGAAACUGAUUAACAAAUUGGAGUGUACCUAUACUGAAGCAACGGGAGACAAUGAAACUACUGGAUCAGUUGCAAAAAGUGAAUUUGAGAGUAUUGAACAAAUAAUUUGUGCAGAUGACAUCGACACCCACAGUUUAGAGCCUCCGAAGGCAUCGCCAUCUGUAUUAACAAAUAAUUCUGUAGCUACAUCCCUGCCCACUUCUACAUCGAUAACCGACACAAAUUUGCUACAAAACACAAAUAAAAUGGAGCCCAUUUCCAAACCCAUCCAAGCUGGAGCAGCUGGCCGGGAUCAGUGGGAUGCGUUUGGUGAACUUAUAGCUAAUGAAUUUCGCAACUUAAACUCUCCACUUUCACGAAAAAAACUUAAACGCCGAAUUAUGCAAAUAAUACUUGAAGUUGGCGAAGAGGAUGACCAACUCUAUCCAGUUGCAAAUGCAUAAGGUUAACUUUUCCGAAUGUUAAUAUAAUUCAAAAAAUUUUGUAAUUACGGCUGGGCCGUAUUUUUCACUCCCUUCUUAUCUUAGUUCGGCUAAUGUCCGACAGAUUUUAGAUUGGAUUAGACUAAUUGUCUAAUUAGUAAUUAAGUUUGGUCCUUAUUUUAAAGGCAUGUACGUUAUACAUAUACGCUAGUUGUUGCCUUCAUAUUGUAGUUGUAAUUUUUUAUAAAUAGAAUAUUAAUAAAUGUUGUUAUAAGUA